CUUCUAUUCAUGUCUCCCUUUACACAUCUUUUUGUCUCCAAAAGUCGUAAAGUAAACUUUGAAUUAUCACUGAUUAUAAGAGACUUGAUGAAUGUACCUCUUGUCAGCGGAUAUUAUUAUGUCAACUGGAAAUUGAAAAACGCCUCAUAUACAACAGGAACAACAGCAAGGUAAAUUCGAAUUUACUCGGUGAUUUCUUGAGCUAACAGUCGACAGAGUGCAUAUUCAAGAUCACCAAGUGACAUGGAAUCACCCUAUCAAUACAAUGAUUCAACUUAUUAUCAAUAAACAGCAAGUACUCGGCAGUUGUGAGCUCAAACUCGAAGUCUUUCAAAAAGGCGGCAAAGAGAUCGGUUCACUAAGCAUCAAUUUAUCAGAAUACGCUGGAUUGGGAGUAAUGACAGAGCGUUAUUUACUCGAAAACUGUAAAUUUAAUUCGACAAUCAAGCUAUCAUUACGAAUGAAUACUAAACCCGAUGCCAUGUCUCAAUUUCAAACGCCUCCACUCUCGAGAAAGCAAAUCUUUAAAGAUAUUCCUACACUGGUACAUGAAAGAAAAGAAUCAAGCAAGAAAUCCCAGACACAUACAACAAAAUUAGCUCCACCUGCACCUUUAAAUCUUCGAAAAUCUCAAUCCGUCAUGUCAUUACCAAGGUACUGUAAAAUACAAAGUUCUUUAGAAGAACCUUCACCCAUUGAUGUAGUGGAAAAUCUCUUUGCUGUCAAAGCAUCAUAGUUGUAUUUGAUUGGCCAUGUAAUAAAAGUCACAGUUCAAACUAA